CCCAUCAUGACCCGAGGCCACCGAGUCCCCAGGCCUGCCCUCACCCAUGUGCUGCUGGGCCUGCUGCUGGCUGGGCCUGCACUGGCCUCAGAGAUCGUAGGGGGCCGCCCAGCACGGCCCCACUCCAGGCCCUACAUGGUGUCACUGCAGCGGAGCGCAAGGCACUUCUGCGGAGGGACCCUGAUCGCCAGGAACUUUGUGAUGUCGGCUGCGCACUGUGUGAAUGGCCUAAACUUCCAGUCAGUGCAGGUGGUGCUGGGUGCGCAUAACCUGCAGCGGAGGGAGCGUACCCGGCAGAUCUUUGCUGUGCAGCGGAUCUUUGAGAACGGCUUCGACCCCUCGAUGCUACUCAAUGACAUCGUGAUUCUCCAGCUCAAUGGGUCGGCCACGAUCAAUGCUAACGUCCAGGUGGCCCAGCUGCCUGCCCAGGGCCGUGGUGUGGAGAACGGGGCACGGUGCCUGGCCAUGGGAUGGGGCCGCUUGGGCACGAACCGCCCAACCCCAAGUGUCCUGCAGGAGCUCAAUGUGACUGUGGUGACAUCCCAGUGUCGCCGCCGUGUCAAUGUCUGCACCCUGGUGCCUCGGCGCCGUCGGGCUGGAAUCUGCUUCGGUGACUCCGGUGGCCCCUUGGUCUGCAAUGGUCUUGUCCAAGGAAUCGAUUCCUUCAUCCGCGGUGGCUGUGGCUCGGGCUUAUACCCAGAUGCCUUUGCCCCCGUGGCAGAGUUCAUAGACUGGAUCAACUCCAUCAUCCGCCGUGGCCAGCACAGCCCCCAAGACCACCCCAGAGUACCUUCGAGUAGGACCCGUUAGGAACGGGCCACCUCCACCUCUUCACCUCGAGUGCCCGUGACAGUACCCCUUACAUCUAGCACAAUAAAAGUCACUCUGUUUUGUACAGC